AUGCCUCGAACAAAAGGAGGAAAGAAAGACGAGCGCACACACCUUGAGAAACUAGAAGGGUACAAAGAUUCAAAGAUCGACCUUUUCAUCUUCUUUGGGUACUACGAUGGACUUGUUUCAGAGGGUGUGUGUGGAUGGGUUGUUAAUGACAGUAACCGACGAGUAGGGUGCCGACAUCAUCAAAAAGGAAACUUGUGCGACAAGGUUCUGACCACAUCCCAGUUUCGAAGCAAAGCUCGAAAGAUAUAUCUCAUAGCUGAAGGCCUGGCUGGGCUCGGUGAAAAUUUAGAUCUGGCUUCCUACAGGCCUCAUUUCACAAAUGAAGACUUUGCCAAGUUUGAAGCAGAAAGAAGGAAGAAGGAAGAUGCAGGCGACCCAAUGACGAAGCUGCUGACUGUGAAAGACGAAAAAGCUCUUUUUAUUUUCUUCCAGUACUACGACGGAAUCAAGACCAAAGGGAAGGAAGGAUUCAGCCUAAAUGUAGCCAACUUCGGUUCAGUGGCUCAUUUGGGUAUAUAUCCUGGAUACUUUAAGGAGCGUGGAGAGAACUGGUUCAGAAGAGUUUCAAAAGUGAUGGGUAAGCUGGCUGAAAGAUUUGUGGCUGAUGGCAUCGCUCCUCCAGAAACUAUGAGACCUAGAAGACCAACCAUCGCUCCUGCUACAGACAUGUUGCAUGCUUUCAGAAAUUCAAACGUCAACCACGAAUUGUACUCAGUUGAGUAA